AUGAUGGCUAGAAUAAGUAGAUGGUUAGACGUUGAAGUGGGCACAAGUGAAAUACACAUGAAUACUUUGCCAUGUAAUAUUGCUUUAGUGGAUGUUAUUAACGACAACGAGUUUAAACUCCUAGUGGGUGAUAUGGGAAUCGGCAACGAAUCUCCGAAAUUAAAGAUAUUUAGAGGAACCAUGCAAAUAUCUGAUAUUGUAUUACCCGAUAUCCCUCUUGGUGUUGUGAGCUUCUAUGCCAGUGAGACAAUGCCAAGACCUCCACCAUUAGUAGCUGUGGCAUUUAGCUCCUGUAUCUAUAUUUACAGGAAUCUUAAAUUAUUUUACAAAUAUCACUUGCCUUCAAGUAAGAUUGAAGAAAGUGAAACAGAGAUUUGGGAAAAGUUGAAAGAUUCUGCAAAUGAAGAGACUGUAAUAAAACUAUCAAAGGACUUACAAAGCCUACCACACAAUCUGUGUUGCCAGUCAAAAUAUUUCCUACAAAUGUCAACGGAUCAAAAACUUGAAUACUUAGAUAGUGUGGAAGUUCCUCAGAAAGAACUUACAGAGAUAGCAUGUUUGACAACAAUGAAAAUGAGGUCUACAGAGAAAAUGGCUGUAAGCUGUCUUAUUGUUGGAACAGAGGAGGGAGAGAUUGUUGUGCUAGACCCUCAUACAUUUACAGAAAUUACUAAGGCAAAGCUAAACACAGUGAAAUCAGAGCCACACCAAAUAGUAGCGACAGGUUUAUUCAAUAUUGACUACCGACUUACUGUGGCCACAAGAAAUAAAUGUGUAUGUAUCCUCAAAAGAGAUUGGAAAGAGGGACGCCAGUUGUUUAGGACAGAGGACCAUAUAAUUGCAAUUGAAGUUAUGGAAUUUGAUAAAAGUAUUAUGGUUAUUUGCUGUGAUAAAACAUUCUCCUGCUAUAGUAAAAAGGGCAACAAGCAAUGGUGGCUACAACUCGAUUGCCAUCCGGUAGCAAUAACACAGGUCCCAGUCACGCACCUUGGGGUCACCCUGGUUGCCGUUUCUCUGGUUUCGGGCCACUUGAAUCUAUAUGAUGGAAAGGCAAAACGGGACUCUAUGUUUAUUAGAGAUAUCGCAUCAGUUAUAAAAUUUGGCCAACUUGGUCAGGAGGAACACGUCUUUACAAUAAUUACAUCAACUGGUAACCUAAUGCUAAAAAUCCUAAGACGAACGGCGAACUUUACUGCACACGCGGCUGGAAUUGAGACCUCAUGUCCAACAAUAGGAAAGCCAUGGCUUAUUCCAAAAAAGUCCAAACUUUUUCUGGAACAAUCUAUGAGGGAAAGGGAGAAUGCCAAGGCGAUGCAUGUAACAUUUCGUCAUGAAUUGAAUAGACUUCGUCUAGUUGCGGGUAAGACUCUUUUAGAAGCGUAUACGAAGAGUGACAACGCUUUGGGGCUUGGGGCUUUAGAGCCAGUGCGUUUAGCUGCCGAGGUACAAGGUCUUGGACCAAUAUUUCGUAUGACUCUAUCCAUUGAAAACACAUCUAAAGAUAGAGCAGUGAUCGGUCUAUCUAUCCUCUUUCAUACAUACGCUACAAGCUAUAAGGUCACCAAUCCUUAUAUAAAAAUUCCACUUCUAUCACCGGGUAGCAAGUUGAAAUUCCCAACAAAAGUGGAAGAAAUUUUCACGAAUGUUAAUCCGGAUAUUUUCUUCCGAACGGUCACAGGUCAAACCGAGGGUGCAAUGAUAAAGGUGUUGCUUUUGAAGGAAGGAAAACCGAAUCCAGUACUCUCUGCCGUUGUCCAAAUGCCACCCACUGAUCCGAUGAUGGUUCCUUAUGAUAAGAUACAAGCCACGGGAUUUGUUGAAUAA